GAACCCACAAACUUACAGUAGGACAGACAAACACACUUACAAACAUAAUCGCACACAAUACUAUCAUUCAGUUAAAGAGGGCAGGGAAAUGAGUAAACAUUGCAGUUUUGCAACUUGGCAGCUGCCAAUCAGAGCAGCCCUACCCAGACCCCUCCCCUGCUUGAAAGAGAUUUAAAGUGGCCUUCUGCUCAACUGUAAUGUAGCUCCAGCCUCUCAAAACCUAAGCAAGUAGGUAAGGGAUCCACACAGCUGCAGGACCAUGGCACCAGGAAAGAAGGGAAUCUUGGAGCGUCUUGACGCUGGGGAGGUUGUGAUUGGCGAUGGAGGUUUUGUGUUUGCCCUGGAGAAGAGAGGCUACGUGAAGGCCGGUCCCUGGACCCCUGAAGCCGCCGCAGAGCACCCUGAAGCAGUGCGACAGCUGCACAGGGAGUUCCUAAGGGCCGGGUCCAAUGUUAUGCAGACCUUCACCUUCUACGCCAGUGAUGACAAACUGGAGAACAGAGGCAACAAAGUCACCUUCACUGGAGCUCAGAUCAACGAGGCCGCAUGCGAUUUGGCCCGUGAGGUUGCAAACGAGGGCGACGCUCUGGUUGCCGGGGGAGUUUGUCAGACUCCAUCCUACCUGAGCUGCAAGAGUGACACAGAGGUGAAAAGCAUCUUGAAGAAACAGCUGGAUGUUUUCAUCAAGAAAAACGUAGACUUCCUGAUUGCUGAGUACUUUGAGCAUGUUGAAGAAGCCGUGUGGGCUGUGGAGGUGCUGAAGGAGACAGGGAAGCCUGUGGCUGCUACCAUGUGCAUCGGCCCAGACGGAGACAUGCACGGUGUCUCACCUGAAGAGUGUGCUGUUAGGCUGGUAAAAGCAGGUGCCCAGAUUGUUGGAGUCAACUGCCACUUUGACCCCCUGACCUGCGUGAAAACUGUCAAAAUGAUGAAGGAGGGAGUGGAGAAGGCCGGGCUGAAGGCUCACUACAUGGUACAGCCCCUGGCAUACCACACCCCCGACUGCAACUGUCAGGGAUUCAUCGAUCUGCCAGAAUUUCCCUUUGGUCUGGAGCCCAGGAUCCUGUCCCGCUGGGACAUGCACAAGUAUGCCAGAGAAGCUUACAAUGCUGGCAUUCGCUUCAUUGGUGGCUGCUGUGGAUUUGAGCCUUAUCACAUCAGGGCAGUGGCAGAGGAGCUGGGCCCAGAGAGAGGCUUCCUCCCAGCCGCGUCAGAGAAACACGGCAACUGGGGCGCUGGUCUGGAGAUGCACACCAAGCCGUGGGUCAGAGCCAGAGCCCGACGUGACUACUGGGAGAAUUUGAAGCCAGCCUCUGGUCGUCCACUGUGUCCGUCCAUGUCUACCCCUGAUGGCUGGGGUGUUACCAAGGGCCACAAUGAUCUCAUGCAGCAGAAAGAGGCCACUUCUCAGGACCAACUCAAACAGCUGUUCGACAGGUCAAAGAGCCACUGAGUCAGUCUGUCUCCUUCGGACAGAGUCAACUGACACUGCACAGUGGUGUACACUAUCUUUAAACAGUGCUGCACCUAACACACAUGUCAGGGGCCAAAUGUUCACUUGAGACAGUCACUGUGGAAUCUACUGACUGUAAAACUGUAAUUAAGGUGUGGCCCAGUAGUGUCUUAAGGCAGGAGUCGGCCCAUGUUAAAAUCAGGACCUUUUUGUUUUCCAGAACUCUGGACCAGAUAAUAAAAAAAAUUAUCUAA